UUGAAGCCUUGAUCACUUUCAAGGAACAACUAAGUGAUCCUACUAACAGUUUACAAACCUGGGACCAAACUCUUGCCUCCCCUUGCUCAUUCUCACAUGUUACCUGCGCCGACGACGUCAGUGUAACAUCGAUUGAUCUCGGCUUGCUGAACUUAACAGGGCAAUUGGUUGCCGAUCUCGGAAAGUUGACCAACCUACAAUCUUUUAGCGCAUUCGAGAAUAAUAUAUACGGGCCUAUACCACCGGAGUUUGGAGAAAUGACAGAGUUGGUCACCUUGAACCUUUUCAGCAACAAUCUCAGUGGCGGAAUUCCGCCGGAGUUAGGAAACUUGAAGAAUUUGAAAUUAAUUCGGGUAAUUAAUAAUCCAGGUUUAUCAGGCCUCGUAUCUGAGGCUCUGGCGUGUCACCCAGACAAGAUUGAACU